GCGCUAUCUUUGUAACAGCGGUUUUUGGGUUCACGUGGCACUCACGUGAGUAGGUUCUGUGACUUGGUUUCUAAUUCGCGUCUUAUCCUUGGCCACUGCUUUCUCCCUUGCGCACCAAAUCCAGCAUCACGUUGAACUCUAAAAGGGGCAGAUGGCGCUCGGCGCUUCUUCUAGCACUAUAAGCCUUAGUUCUGUUACCUUUCAACCCAGAAGCUCUCGGAAUUCCUUCUCUGUCAAACAAUUCAGUCUGAACUUCUCUGCAUCAGUCAGUGAGCCUCAGAAGCACUCGGUUGGUGUUUUUGCGGCAAUUUUACCAUCCAAAGCAAGAUUCGUUGCUCGUCGUAGAGAGAGAGUCUCUGUCCAGCAGCUGGAGCGUCCUCUAAUUCAGUAUAUGCGUUUGCCGGCAAGUCAGUAUUCAGUGUUGGAUGCGGAGAGGAUUGAGAGGGUUGAUGAUAAGACAUUCAGGUGCCAUGUGUAUAGGUUCAAAUUCUUUUAUUUCGAAAUCUGCCCUGUUUUGCUUGUUAGAGUUGAAGAGCAAGCCGAUGGUUGCAGCAUUAAGCUACUGUCUUGUAAGCUUGAGGGGUCGCCAAUUGUGGUUGCACAAAAUGAGAAGUUUGAUGCUUUUAUGGAGAACCAAAUAUCUUGUGAUAGCCGCCAGAACAAUUCAUCCGUCCAACAAUUAACUUCAGAUGCUGUUAUUGAGGUUAGCAUUGAGAUUCCUUUUGCAUUUCGAGCAAUUCCAAUUGAGGCAAUAGAGUCAACUGGGACCCAAGUUCUUGAACAGAUACUUAAGCUUAUGCUUCCUCGCUUUAUGGCACAGCUUGCAAAAGACUAUCAAGCUUGGGCUUCAGGAGACACCUCAAGACAGGCUCUUGGGACAGGCCAGAUUUGAGGUUGGCAAAAUGGUGUAUUGAGCAACAAGAACAACUUUGUAUGAAUCCUUUGGCUGCCGUAUCUAUCUCGUUACAUGUUGAUGCACUUAGGUGGUGAGAAUCCUAUUUCAUUGUGUACAUCUUCUUUUCUCUCAGUUUUUAUAUUCAACUAAGCAGUGAAUUAUAUGAUUAAGAAAUUGUUCGUAUCCAUGAUUCGAAUGAGCCAACCCAUUAACUGGA